GGAGGCGGCAGGAGGAGGAGCGGCGGCGCGGACCGCAGCGAGCUGGCUUGGUUGCCCCUGAAGAUGGCGGCUGCAGCCGCUCCUCCGGGUGCUGGCUGCUCGCCUGCGGGUGGCGGCUCCGUGCCCGUCCUCUUCUGCUUCUCGGUCUUCGCGCGGCCAUCGACCGUGCCCCACGGCGCCGGCUACGAGCUGCUGAUCCAGAAGUUCCUCAGUCUCUACGGGGACCAGAUAGACAUACACCGCAAGUUCGUGGUGCAGCUGUUCGCCGAGGAGUGGAGCCAGUACAUCGACCUGCCCAAGGGUUUCGUGGUCAGCGAGCGCUGCAAGGUGCGCCUGGUGCCGCUGCAGAUCCAGAUGACUACUUUAGGCAACCUGACACCAUCAAGCACUGUGUUUUUCUGCUGUGAUAUGCAAGAGAGAUUCCGUCCUGCCAUCAAAUACUUCGGUGAUAUCAUCAGCGUAGGUCAACGGCUGCUCCAAGGUGCGCGACUCUUAGGAAUUCCAGUCAUUGUAACUGAACAGUAUCCCAAAGGCCUUGGCAGCACUGUACAAGAAAUUGAUUUAACAGGAGCUAAACUUGUGCUUCCCAAAACAAAAUUUUCAAUGGUUUUGCCAGAAGUUGAAGCUGCAUUAGCAGAGAUUCCUGGAGUCCGCAGUGUUGUCCUGUUUGGAGUAGAAACUCAUGUCUGCAUCCAGCAAACAGCAUUGGAAUUAAUUGGCAGAGGUCUGGAAGUUCACAUUGUAGCUGAUGCCACCUCAUCAAGAAGUAUGAUGGACAGAAUGUUUGCUCUUGAGCGUCUUGCUCGUACUGGAAUCAUAGUUACUACUAGUGAAGCUAUUCUGCUGCAGCUGGUAGCUGAUAAAGAGCACCCAAAAUUCAAAGAAAUCCAAAAUCUCAUUAAGGCAAGUGCCCCCGAGUCAGGCCUCCUUUCCAAAGUUUAAAGAGCAUGUGGAAGAAGUAAAUGUCCUUGCUGUCUUUAAGGAUUGUGGAAAGCUCAAGCGCACACAUACACAUUCUUUCACACUAACUUUGGCAGAGGUGUAAAAUUUAAAAUUGAAAUACUUGUGCUUGCCUUAGCAAAAAUUGUCUGGUUAUGUUUCUGGGUGCCACUAUGUUCUGUUCAGUCACAGCUGUCAGAGGCUUACGGUACCAUAGGACCCUUUUGUUGUCAGACUUCAGUACUUAAUUUAAGAAAACAAAAAUUAAGAGAGGUGCCUGUUAUCCUAUACACUGAUUGUAACAGCUCAAAAGAAAGUGCAUACUUCUGUGAAACUUCUUGAUUGUGCACUUUGUUGAAAUAUGCUGUGAUACUGUUUUACUUUUGUAUUAGUAGAAGAUAAAUACAUGUUGGAUAAAUGUAUUGUGAUAUGCUUUCAUGUUCUAUGUAAAUGAAAUAUUUUAAUAGGACAUAAAUUAGAGAGGACUAAGCUGCCUGGAAUACAUGUGCGAAUUUGUUCAUUAGGAUAAAAUAUAAAUGCUUUACUUAGUAAACAAGACGCGUAGAUCAAACAACUUCUGAUAUUUGAUUGCUUUAGUUUGCUGAAGCUUGCACGACAAUUUGUGAUUGCCCUGCAAUUAAAUGCCAAGCCCUGUACCACUUACACAUAUAGAAGCCUGCCAUUUAAUGAGAUCUUUACAAACAACUGACAUAAAAUCAUUAAGAUUACCAUAAAUUUAAGUAUUUUGGCAGUGCUAAGGAUUUAAAGAACAAAAGCUUUUCAACUUUGAGUGCUGAAUCUACUAUUAUAUUUAGAUGGUUAUGUUUGUUUUUGUUUUUGAUUUUUGUUCUACCUUGUUUUGGUUAGAUUUAGUAAUUCCAUCGAUCAUUUAACAAAGCAAGCUUUGAAACAGACCUCAGCUUCUCUAAGUUUGUGUUUAUUUUUGUAGUCUACAUCUGAGUGGAGACUGAAUGGAGUUUGAUCUGAAAGCAUACUUCAGCAAAAUCGUGUCUGUAACUUAUUGAUAUAGAGUAUAUUUUCUAUCUCAAACCAUUUAAAACAUGAUUGCUCAUAAAGGCACUUCUUUUAUGCUCCAGUGGUUUAAACGAUAUUAUAUAAAGUUUACAUUGUGACUGAGACUUUUAUUUUUUUAAAAGAAAAAGGGGAUGUCAUACUGAGCACUGAUCUUUUUGGUAGAAAACUAAUUACAAUAUAUGUGUGGCUUUAAAUUGCAUAUUUUCCCCACAAGAUGGCUCUAAAAGAAUUGUUUGAGAGUUAUAACCUUUAUAUGUUCAAAACAAAUAAAACAUUAACAUUUACUGUCUCUCUUAUGCUUGUGAUAUUUAUUGAAGAGCAAAUCCCAGAAGGUUAGUUUGCCAUAGACCUGGUUCUAUUUUGUGCAGCUGUGGAAUUUCUAUAGAUGCCAUGGGAAUUUUGUGUAAAGAUCAAGGAUGGAUAAUGUCUAAUAAUUCUUGCCUUCUGUGUCUUUUUUCAGUGUUGUUUAGUGCUCCAGAACUUGAGGAAUGUACGUAAUGUUUCAAGUUGGAGGCAGGGAGGGGAGCUAAGUUGAAGAACCAUUGUCCUACAUCACUGACCUACUUUUUACUUUCUUUUCUGGUAUAUUAAUCAUGUUGCCUAGCAGAAUGAAGUCCACUUAUAUAAAUCAGCAGCUGUGCACAAAAAUACUAUGCAUUUCUUAUGAAUACGGUUUUAUUGCUUUUAUACACUUACGUGGUGAACAUAGCUAGAGUAACUAACAUAAGUAAAAAUGACCAUUUUUAGAACAGUAUCAAUUUCUUCAGUGCCAAAUACAAAUUUCUUUUGAAGAAGUAAUUGCAUUUGUUUCUAAACAAUUACCAUUUUUAUGCAAACAUAAGUUGGAGGCCAGAUGUCGUGAGUUCCUUUUCACAUGCAGUCCUUUCCUAGCUAAGUCAUCACAAGAGGAAUUAGUAAUGGUGUGACACUAGGAAAGAAUCUUUAAAAUUAUGUAUGUAUUUUUUGUAUUUACAUAGCCUAUGGCAAAAUAUAUACUUCUAGUGUU